UUUUGUUAUGGUUUUACGUCAUCGACGUAAAAAGGGGACGUUCCAGCCGUGACUACUGGUGGAGAAUGCGUCACGUGCGCUAUGCAAAUGAGACAGCUGUCCGCGAGGAAGGAUCUGCUCAGCGGCUCUGCGGGCUGAAGAUGGCGGACGAAGAGACUCGUCUCGGAACGGCCUUUUCAGGCGCCUCCGAUAUGGAAGAACCUGCCGCGAAAAAGUCGAAAAUCAGUCCGGUGACUAACCACGGAUUUAAAGUCGCUAAAGCAGACCAAUUCUCACGCGCCUCCGGGGAUACGGGGAGCUGGGAGGCGGCGGUGGAUUGUGCGCAGCCAGCGGAGAAGGAAGCGAAGCCGGUGAUGGCGGUAGAGCAGGCCCCAGCAGCGCCAGGCGGAGACAACAAUGGACUGAGACUGCUGGUUUCCGAGUCGCACAAACCAGUAGUGAAACCAGACGACAGCGCUGUAUUAGGGACAACUGAGGAGGCUGCUGAUUUCCUUGGACAUGGUGAUCUCCCCUCCAACGGUAUGGCUGUCACGCCGGAGCACAUCAACGAGGACGAUGACAGAUCAUCACAUGCCAGCUCCAGCGACUGGGCACCUCGACCCCAAAUAGGUUCCUACAGUUUCAUCCAGCAACACAUCAGAGAGACCGAUCCGAGGACCAUUCUGAGGGAUUUGCUGCCUGAGACUGUCCUCCCACCAGAUUUAGACGACAUGACAUUGUGGCAGAUCAUCAUCAACAUCUCAGAGCCUCCUAAAAGAAAGAAGCGGAAGGAUAUUAACACCUUAGAAGAUGUGGUCAGAUUACUCCAUGAAAGUAAAAGGAUCCUUGUGCUGACUGGUGCUGGGGUGUCUGUUUCCUGUGGAAUACCAGACUUUCGCUCCAGAGAUGGAAUUUAUGCACGGCUUGCUGUAGAUUUCCCUGAUCUUCCGGACCCUCAAGCUAUGUUUGACAUUGAGUACUUCAGACGGGACCCAAGACCCUUUUUCAAGUUUGCUAAGGAGAUCUACCCUGGUCAGUUUCAGCCUUCGCCCUGUCACAAAUUCAUAUCUAUGCUGGAUAAGCAGGGGAAGCUGCUGCGCAAUUACACACAAAACAUUGACACGUUAGAACAAGUGGCUGGAGUACAGCGGAUUAUCCAGUGUCAUGGGUCGUUUGCAACUGCAUCCUGUCUCGUCUGUAAAUACAAAGUGGAUUGUGAAGCUGUAAGGGAAGACAUCUUUAACCAGGUUGUCCCUCGUUGUCGACGGUGUCCAGAUAUUCCCCUGGCAAUCAUGAAACCUGACAUAGUCUUCUUUGGAGAGAAUCUUCCAGAAAUGUUCCACAGAGCCAUGAAGCAGGAUAAAGACGAAGUGGACCUCUUGAUUGUCAUCGGCUCCUCGCUUAAAGUCCGACCAGUUGCCCUCAUCCCAAACUCCAUUCCUCAUGAAGUGCCUCAGGUCCUGAUCAACAGGGAGCAGCUGCCUCACCUCAACUUUGACGUGGAGCUACUUGGGGACUGUGAUGUCAUUGUCAACGAGCUCUGUCACCGGUUGGGUGGAGACUUUGAGCAGCUCUGCUACAACACUGUAAGACUCACUGAGAUCACAGAGAAACCCCCUCGGUUACCAGAACAGCCACCAAGUGAGGCCUUGACUGCUUCCGGCGAUGCAGCUCAGGAGGAGCAGAAGCAGCACAGUACAGACUCAGUAACUAAGCCUUCAGAGGAGACAGAACGUCCGAAUGUCACAGACACAGCUGGUAAUAAUGUUACACCUCCAGAGCCUUGUCCAAAUGCCCAGUGUCCCAGUGAGGGGACGGCUGAGCCUUCUGAGUUACCAGCAGAAGACGCACCAAAAGAGGAGACAGCUGAAGUAAAGAGCCAAACCUCCAAUCUUGAAUUUCGUAGACGAUGCUGGAUGAGUCGAAUCAACAGAAGUCCAAUCAGCAAACGACUUGAGACGGGCCAGUACCUCUUUCAAACACCAAAUCACUAUAUCUUCCACGGCGCUGAAGUUUACUCUGACUCUGAAGACGAGAUGUCAAGCUCCUGUGGGAGUGACAGCGACGAGUCUGAAUGCAGCGCAGAUGGGGUGGAAGAAGACAGCGAGCCCGAGGACGCCGACACACUUGCAGCAGAUGGAGAGACAUGCCUCAGAGACACAACACAACUCACUUUAGCCAACGAGGCCUCGUCGAGUGCGCAGACAAACAAUACUAAUGAAAAGACUCCGAGCACCACACACCUUUAAAUGUAAAGAACUGGGUCGACAAAGCACUAACUGUCUUUUUAUAUAUAUAUAUAUAUGUAUAUAUAUAUAUAUAUAUAUAC